CGUGUCGUUUUGUCUCGGCUUAGCAAAACACUCUUCAAGCAGCAGCAAGCAGCAGUCCAGUCUCGAAACUGGAAACAUUUUGGGUUCUUUUCAAGAUCACCAAAUCAAAGUGAGGGAAGAAAAGAUUGUGAAAAACAAGAGAGUGAAGGAAGAUAAUAUGGGGACUGAAGAAAGUGGCGGUGUUUCAAAGAGGCAGAGAUUGGAUGAGCAGUCUUCAGCUUCUGGUAUUGAAAACCCACUUGUGCCUUACAAUGAUGUGGAUGAUGAAGAGGAGGAUUUUGAAAGAGGGAGAACGGCUAAUGGUGGUGGAAGGGUGGAGGAGAAUAGGGGACAAGUUGUUGCAGCAGAGAAUGGUGAGGAGGAGGAGGAAGAGGAGGAGGAUUUGUAUGGAGAAGAGAAUAGUUUGGAGAAGAGGAAGAGUCAAUUUGAGCCUCGUGAGGAUUGCCCGUAUUUAGAUACUGUUAAUCGACAGGUCUUGGACUUUGAUUUUGAGAAAUUUUGCUCUGUUUCCCUGUCAAAUUUGAAUGUGUAUGCAUGUUUGGUUUGUGGGAAGUAUUACCAAGGAAGAGGGAAGAAAUCCCAUGCUUAUACUCAUAGUCUUGAGGCAGGACACCAUGUCUACGUCAAUCUUAGGACAGAGAAGGUUUAUUGUCUUCCUGAUGGAUAUGAGAUUAUUGAUCCAUCACUAGAUGAUAUACGACAUGUUCUCAAUCCAAGGUUUACUAGGGAUCAAGUCAAACAGCUUGACAAAAACAGGCAAUGGUCCAGGGCACUUGAUGGGUCUGAUUACCUUCCUGGAAUGGUGGGUCUGAAUAACAUCAAGGAAACUGAUUUUGUAAAUGUCACAAUUCAGUCGCUAAUGAGAGUUACACCCUUAAGGAAUUUCUUCCUCAUCCCUGAAAACUAUCAGCAUUGCAAGUCUCCUCUUGUUCAACGCUAUGGAGAACUCACUCGUAAAAUAUGGCAUGCUCGGAACUUUAAAGGACAGGUGAGCCCACAUGAGUUUCUCCAGGCUGUAAUGAAAGCUAGUAAGAAACGGUUUCGCAUUGGUCAACAGUCUGAUCCAGUGGAAUUCAUGGCAUGGCUUCUCAAUACACUGCACACAAAUCUUAAAACUUUAAAGAAAAAUAACAGUAUCAUUUAUGAGUGCUUUCAGGGUGAGUUGGAGGUUGUGAAAGAGAUUCCUAACAAAGCUAUCACUGAGAAGAAAGAAAAUGGUAAUGACCAGAUUGAUGGUGGAGCUGGUCAUGAUAUUUUCACAGAAACGUCUAGAAUGCCAUUCUUGAUGCUUGGACUGGAUUUGCCACCACCUCCUCUGUUUAAAGAUGUGAUGGAGAAAAAUAUAAUACCUCAGGUUCCUCUGUUCAAUAUACUGAAGAAAUUUGAUGGUGAGACUGUGACUGAAGUUGUUCGUCCUCGUGUUGCCCGGAUGAAAUAUCACGUCAUCAGAUUGCCACAGUAUUUAAUACUACAUAUGCAGCGGUUUAAAAAGAACAACUUUUUCAUCGAGAAGAAUCCCACCUUGGUCAACUUUCCUGUGAAGAACUUGGAGUUGAAAGAUUUUAUUCCUUUGCCAAUGCCUAAAGAAAAUGAGAGAUUGCGCUCGAAGUAUGAUUUGAUUGCCGAUAUUGUCCAUGAUGGAAAGCCUAAUGAGGGUUUCUACAGGGUUUUUGUGCAGCGAAAGUCAGAAGAGCUAUGGUAUGAGAUGCAGGAUCUGCAUGUUUCUGAGACCCUUCCUCAAAUGGUUGCUCUCUCUGAGGCAUACCUGCAGAUAUAUGAGCAGCAGCAGUAGCACUGGAGUUUAGAAGUCCUAUUGUCAACAUGUUGUCAUACUGUUUUUGGGUACAAGUAACACAUGAGUCUUACCUUCUGUAAAUGGUUGAGGAAAAAUCAGAAUACGAUGGCACCAUUGCUUGACUGGCACUUGGCAGAUUUACUAAGCUUAGAAAAACAUUGAGGUUUUGUAGAAAAAAAGGCAGUACUUUGUCUGUUUCAUAUCAUUAAAAGGAUGAACAGUUUUGUUACUGAAAAACUAUCCAUCUAUUGUAGCAGAGCAGGAAACUUAAAUAAUUCGAUGAUGAUUGACUUGGGUGAUUCAGAUAGUGACAUAGGUUUGGUUGUCCUGCAUUGUGUACAACUUUGAUCUGUAGGGAUAAAAAAUGAUAUGCUAGGCUUUGGUUUGUUCA